GCCCGCACUUCGCUCCGCAGCCCAGUCCCGUGUGUCUCGGCCGCAAGCGCCCUCGUCCCGCACCCGUCCGGCCCAGGCCAGUCUAGCCCGCACCAUGCCGGUCAAAGGAGGCACUAAGUGUAUCAAAUACUUGCUCUUCGGAUUUAACUUCAUCUUCUGGCUCGCUGGGAUUGCAGUCCUUGCCAUUGGACUAUGGCUCCGAUUUGACUCUCAGACCAAGAGCAUCUUCGAGCAAGAAAAUAAUAACUCCAGCUUCUACACAGGAGUUUAUAUUCUCAUUGGAGCCGGCGCCCUCAUGAUGGUGGUGGGCUUCCUGGGCUGCUGCGGGGCGGUACAGGAGUCCCAGUGCAUGCUGGGCUUGUUCUUUGGCUUCCUCUUGGUGAUAUUUGCCAUUGAAAUAGCCGCGGCCAUCUGGGGAUAUUCCCACAAGGAUCAGGUGAUCAAAGAAGUCCAGGAUUUCUACAGGGACACUUACAACAAGCUGAAGGGCAAGGACGACCCCCAGCGGGAGACUCUGAAAGCCAUCCACUACGCGCUGGACUGCUGUGGUUUAAUGGGGGGAGUGGAACAACUUCUGGCAGACAUCUGCCCCCAAAAGGACGUACUCUCAAGCCUCCCAAUGAAGCCCUGCCCUGAGGCCAUCAAAGAGGUCUUCCAAAACAAGUUCCACAUCAUUGGCGCUGUGGGCAUUGGGAUCGCCGUGGUGAUGAUUUUCGGCAUGAUCUUCAGCAUGAUCCUGUGCUGUGCCAUCCGUCGGAGCCGAGAGAUGGUCUAGAGUCAGCCUCGCAGCCCUGAGCAGGAAAGUCCACCCCUGAAGACUAUUGGUCAUCUUCUCGGGGUCCUGUUUGUAUUUCUUUUGGUUUUCUUUGCCACUAACUUUAGUAUUCAGUCUGCAUUUCUAAACAAAACAAAAAAAAAGUUAUUCUAUGUUUAUGUUUGUAAUGCUUUAUUCAAUAUUGAUAUUUGUAGUUAAGGGGUUUGGGUUUGCUCGGGUUUAUAUUUGUUUGGUCAUUUGUUUUUGCUUAUUAUGUAAAGCAGAAAUCCUGCAAUGAAAGGUACUAUAUUUGCUAGACUCUAGACAAAAGAUAUUGUAUAUAAAGAGUUUUUUUUCUUUAAAUAGAUAAAAAAAUGUCUAUCAAAUUUAAUCAGGUUGUAACUUAUGUUAAAGACAAUUUGAUACAUAAUAAAAGAUGAUGACAACGUCCUGAA